AUGGGUCGGGGAACUCGCCCUCGGACAGGGUGCCAAAAGGCAGGCGGCUCAGCCCACAAGCAUCUCCUGGAAAGGGACAGGCGACCGCGGCCGGCGCCCCCGAGCUCGCGCGCUGCGCUUUACGUGCACUGGCCGUACUGUGAGAAGCGCUGCAGCUACUGCAACUUUAACAAGUAUAUCCCCCGCGGCGUGGAGGAGGCGGCCAUGCGGAGCUGCCUGGUGACCGAGGCGCGGACGCUGUUGCGGCUCAGCGGCGUUCGGCGGGUGGAAUCUGUGUUCUUUGGUGGGGGCACCCCCAGCCUGGCCAGUCCCAGCACAGUGGCUGCCGUCCUGGAGGCGGUGGACCAGGCAAGCCACCUGCCUGCAGACUCCGAAGUCACAUUGGAGGCCAACCCCACUUCGGCCCCAGGUGCCAGGCUGGCAGCUUUUGGGGCAGCGGGGAUCAACAGGUUGUCCAUUGGUCUCCAGUCCCUAGACGACACGGAGCUCCAGCUGCUGGGGCGAACACACUCGGCCAGCGAUGCUCUCCAGACCCUGGCAGAGGCCCGGCGUCUCUUUCCCGGGCGUGUGUCUGUGGACCUGAUGCUGGGGCUGCCGGCACAGAAGCUGGGGCCAUGGCUGCAACAGCUGCACGAGCUGCUGGGCCACUGUGACGACCACAUCUCCCUCUACCAGCUGACCCUGGAGCGGGGCACCUCACUCUUCACGCAGGUGCAGCGGGGCACCCUUCCCGCCCCUGACCCUGAGGUGGCUGCCGAGAUGUAUCAGGAGGGCCGGGAGGUGCUCCGGGAGGCCGGCUUCCGCCAGUAUGAGGUCUCCAACUUCGCCCGUAAUGGGGCGCUUAGUACCCACAAUUGGACUUACUGGCAGUGCGGGCAGUACCUUGGCGUUGGGCCCGGGGCCCAUGGGCGAUUUGUGCCCCAGGGGGCCGGGGGCCACCCUCGGGAGGCUCGGAUCCAGACCCUGGAGCCAGACAACUGGAUGAAAGAGGUCAUGCUGUUUGGUCACGGCACCCGGAAGCGUGUGCCCCUGGGCAAACUGGAGCUGCUAGAGGAAGUUUUGGCCAUGGGGCUACGUACAGACAUGGGGAUCACUCACCAGCACUGGCAGCGGUUUGAGUCCCAGCUGAGCCUGUGGGAGGUGUUUGGAUCAAGCCAGGAGGUGAAGGCAUUGCUGAUGCAGGGCCUGUUGCUGCUGGACCGCAGGGGUCUUCGGUGUUCCUGGGAGGGCCUGGCUGUGCUAGACUCUCUGUUGCUGACCCUCCUGCCUCGACUCCAAGAGGCCUGGCUGCAGAGAGCCCCCUCCCCUGUGUGAGGAGAAUGACCAGAUGUUUCUGUACCCCAGGACAGGGCCAGGUGGGCUCUGGGGGCCGAACUGAUGCUCUCCACUCACAGGUGCCACCCCAGCUCUGGUCAGUGCCCGGCCUUGGUAUCCCCCCGGGGGUAUGGCUACCGUGAGGCACAUGGGAGGACUUUUCUGGGUUGGAAACUGGCAUCCAGUCUGCCCACCACUGCCAGAGAACGAGUGAAUGUUUCACCAGGUGACUCUCAUUUGUGGGCUCCAAAGCAAGAAGAUUCUGAGAAAUCUAGCUCUCAGGCUUCUAGCCCCUACCACACAGGGCAGGACAUAGAGGGACCCAUGCCCGUAACCAGUACAGCCACCAGCUGGACUCUGAGGACACUGGGAGAGAUCAGAGCAAGGCUUCCCCUUUCGCUCUUUGCAACCCGGUUAUGUCUGGAGUGCCAGAGCCUCACAGACCCUCCUGCCUGCACCGCCCCCCUCCUCUCUACUGCUCUCAAGAUAGAGAAGGUCAGGGGGGCGCUAAGCAGGGAAAGGGGACCGGGGAGAAGAAUUCAGGAAAGACCCAGAGCCUGGUAAUUUUCCCCUGGCCUUUUACCUGCAGAAACCAUCGCCGCUUUUAUUUAAACAGCCUCACAAGCCCAGGGAGGGAGCCUGCCUUGACCUUGACCGUCUCCGUUUUCCAGUCUCCUUCCCUGGAGAGUAGAAUCCUGAUAUGGAGGCUCCAGGCUUAGUCCAGGGCCGAGAUUCCUUCCCCCACCGAACAUGCCAUUUUAAAAGAUUUCAAGCCUACAGGAAAGUUGAAAGCGGAGUUCAAUGUAAACUACAUAGCCUUCGUGGCAGGGUGUCUGCACAGUCCGGGAAGAGGAAGUAUUCAUAAUGUCAUCAAGGACAUCUUCAACCUGUAAAAAAAUAAAACAGCUAUGUUUCCAGACUUUGUA